ACAUAAACAAUGUAUGCACGUGAUUUUGCUGGAGCGUUCUCGACACAAGGAGGCCAAGACCGUCGGUAAAAGUCCGUGGCAAAUUGACAAAAGAUCGGUUUCGGUUGGCCAACACAAAUGCGGGAUUUAUGCGGAGAGAGAUUGGAGUACAAUGCGGAGUAUAAGGCAGAGUAGAAUUAUCGAGAAAUGGCAGAAAAUAUAGGAGAGGAUAGGAAUACAAUAGCAGUUUUAUGGAAUCAUAAGAUACCAAGGACAUGUGAACCGACAUCCUCGGCCCUGGCCCCGGUCCCUGAUUAACACAUAUAAAUACUUAAUAUCGCAAUGCCUGUAACAUGGAACAUGCCAUCCACUGUAUAAAAUCGUGUAAUAUAUUUCAUCGGUGAACUCUUUGAGGCAAUUCUUGUCGUGUGACUCCUCAUUAACAUUCCCCAUAUAAUCAAUCACCAUGCCGUCCGCCUCUCCAACUUCCGCCCCUUCAUCCUCUACUCCCUCCCAACGUCUCGCCAAUCUCUCCUCACAAAUCAUGGCUCCUUCAACUCCCUCAUCUGUGUUCUCUUCAUCGCUCAUCGCUGCUGCUCCGCCUGAUCCGCUCUUCGGUUUGGCGCAGGAUUUCAAGCGCGAUCCAUCCGAUAAAAAGGUCGACCUCGUUAUCGGUGCCUACAGAGAUGACGAUGCGAAACCGUGGGUUUUGCCUUCUGUGCAAAAGGUCCGCAACGACAUCCACGAAAUCCCCACCCUCAAUGAAUACCUCCCCAUCAAAGGCCUCGCCCCCCUCACCACCGCCGCCGCCUCCCUCCUAAUGGGCCCCUCCUCCCCAGCAAUCACCCAGUCCCGCGUCAGCACCGUGCAAACCAUUUCCGGCACCGGCGCCGUCCAUCUAGGCGGCCUCUUCCUCUCGCGCUUCCACCCUUCCACCCCGAAACCAGCCAUCUACCUCUCCAACCCGACCUGGGCGAACCACCACCAGAUCUUCUCGAAUGUCGGGCUCUCGUUGGCUCAGUACCCGUAUUUCUCGGCGAAGACAAAGGGGUUGGACUUUGAGGGGAUGGCGGGUGCGUUGAGGGCGGCGCCGGCGGGGUCGAUUGUGUUGUUGCAUCCGUGUGCGCAUAACCCCACGGGUGUUGAUCCGACGCAGGAGCAGUGGAAACAGAUUGCGCUGGUUAUGCGUGAGAGAAAUCACUUCCCGUUCUUCGACUGUGCGUAUCAGGGUUUUGCGUCAGGGGAUCUUGUCCGUGACUCGUGGGCGAUUCGGUACUUUAUCGAGCACGGUUUCGAGCUGUGCAUUGCGCAGUCGUUCGCGAAGAACUUUGGUCUGUAUGGCCAGCGUACCGGUGCUUUCCAUUUCGUUUCCGCGCCUGGUCCCGAUGCUGCUAAGGCUACUGAGAACAUCGCCACCCAGCUCGCUGUCCUGCAGCGCUCGGAGAUCUCGAACCCGCCUGCGUACGGUGCGCAGAUCGCCAGUCGCAUCCUGAACGAUCCCCAGCUAUUCGCUUCGUGGGAGGAGGAUCUGCGCACGAUGAGCGGUCGUAUCCAAGCGAUGCGAACGGGUCUGCGCGAUCGUCUCGAGGCAAAGGGCACACCCGGGUCAUGGGAGCAUAUCACGAACCAGAUUGGGAUGUUCAGUUUUACCGGAUUGAGCGAGCAGCAGGUGAAGUUGUUGCGUGAAAAGUAUCAUAUUUACAUGGUAAGUUUUCCUUUUUUGAUUUUUUGCAUGGACUGCUCCACUAUUACUUGCAUGAUCUGCAUGGCAACUGUACAACGGCUAACCGUUUAUCCAUAUCCAGACUAAAAACGGCCGUAUCUCCAUGGCGGGUCUGAACUCGCAUAACCUGGAUUACUUUGCCGAUUCGGUUGAUGCUGUAGUACGGGAGAC